UGCCAAGCGCAGUAAGGAACGGUCCACAUCUACACAUUAGCUAAAGUUGGGUAGGGCAAGAUAACGACAAACAGUUUUAGGAAGGUAAGGCGAGUCUUUUAAAACAAGGUUGAUGAUUUUAUCAAUCAUUGUUAUAGUUUAAUAAAGGGUAAAAUAUCCUGUAGUUUAUGGACGACCAGCUGUUUUGAAGAAUAUUUGAACUGCCUCAGGUAACGUUGAAUUCAAAAUGUCCCUGCACGGGAAAAUUGUUGUAAUCAAAAGGAGUGGCGGAGAUGGGACUGAGUUUCCUCUGACUGCAUCAUGCUUAUUUGGAAGGAAACCUGACUGCGACAUUCGCAUUCAACUUCCUCAUGUCUCCAAGGAGCAUUGCAGGAUUGAGUUGAAUGAAAAUAAAGAGGUUAUUUUAACUAAUUUGAGUUCAACGAACCCGACCCGUGUCAAUGGGGAGGUUUUUCAGCAGUCUGAACGUUUGAAACAUGGAGAUCUAAUCACAAUUAUUGACCGUUCUUUCAGGUUUGAAUACCCUCCAGCACCCACUCCAAAGAAAAAUCGAUAUUCUACUGCUAGCAAAAGUGAAACUCCUCAGGUUUUACAUGAAACCCAAGCGAGGGAUACCAGCGCUAAAGAUGGAAACAACACUUCUGAUGUCAAACCCAAGGAGGAUGGAAGUCUUGAACAGAACAAGCCAAGCUCCCCCUUCUGUGAGCUGUACCAAAUGUUCAAACAAGAUCUGGAUUCCAAGACUCCAAAGAAAGCACUUGGAACACCUGCUUCGAGGCUUUGCACACAGAACCCUAUCUCAACCAGGAAAGUGGAUGGGGUGUCUGUCAUUUCCACACCCAAGAAGGCGGAGACUGAAAAUGUGUCACCUGUCACUGGAGUGACUCCAAAAUCAGCUCAGAAGAAGCGAAAGUCCCUCAAAGGUCGGGUUGUUGAGGGGAAUGUGCCAGUCGAAGAUUUCAUACAAUUGCCUCCAUCUAUUCUUGAAACUCCCAAAGGUAAAAGGCGUUCUUCAAAGUCCAAAACACCCACCACUGUUGAAGAAAAAUCCACCCCUGUUUCUCAGAGGAAAAGUCGCCCGGCAACCCCCGAGAAGUUCACUGCUAKUGAAGUGGUUGAGCAGAUUUCUGAGUGUCCGACUGCAGAAACCUUUACGACCCCCACUAGGAGGAGGAGCAAGGAAGCCACUCCUAUCAAAUCUUUGAUAACUGGGCUAGAACCACCUGCUGAUGCUGUCGUGUCAAACCAAGACCAGAUCGUACUAACUGAAAAUUCCACGCCAAGUACUCCUAAGACCGAGCACUCCCGCUCUCCAAGGCCUGCUGGGAAAAAUCUUCAAGCCCRGGAUGUGCUUUGUGAGCUGGAGGUGACCACACCCAUCAAAGGUAAACAGUCGUCUGCUAAGAAACGGAAGAGUGGAGACCUUGAAACUGAAUUUCCAACACCUCUGUGCAAGAGGAAAAGGGUUUCAUUUGGAGGUCAUUUGGAGCCGGAACUAUUCGAUAAACGUCUUCCUCCUGACUCCCCACUAUGCAAAGGAGCCACUCCUGGACGGCGAAGCCUGUGUGCCCCCAAAAUGAAACAGUCACUCCUCAGGAGAGCGUCAGCAAUUGGUCUGAUAAAGGAGCAUGAACAUUCUGCCCCAGAGAGUCUUAGCGUGAAAGGAAGUCCAGGAAAGAAGGCGUCUCCCAAGGCUCCCUCGCCCGCCAAGAAGUCACCAAAGGCAUCUGCCAAGACUCCCUCGCCCGCCAAGAAGUCACCAAAGGCAUCUGCCAAGACUCCCUCGCCUGCCAAGAAGUCACCGAAGGCAUCUGCCAAGACUCCCUCGCCCGCCAAGAAGUCACCGAAGGCAUCUGCCAAGACUCCCUCGCCCGCCAAGAAGUCACCGAAGGCAUCUGCCAAGACUCCCUCGUCCGCCAAGAAGUCACCGAAGGAAUCUGCCAAGACUCCCUCGCCCGCCAAGAAGUCACAGAAGGAAUCUGCCAAGACUCCCUCGCCUGCCAAGAAGUCAACGAAAGCUAAAAGUCCAUCUCCAGGGAAAGAGAAGACCCCGAAAACCGUUGUCAAGACUCCAUCUCCUGCUCGAAGAAAAUCUCCUGCUCCAUUAAAAGAUGAGUCUCAAACUCCCAAGACCCGUGCAAGUUUGCCAUCAGCCAACACGACACCCACCAUGCAAGGCCGGUUCUCAGUGUCCCUCAUCAGCACCCCAUCACCCACCGCAGACCAGGACUCUGUCCUACAGCCGUCUGUCACUGUAACGCCUCGYGUUCCCUUGAGGCGAACGACCAUGUUGUCUACCUCGAAGACAACACAGAAAAGCGCAAUGAAAAAUGCCAUUCAGGUCAUCCGUAGAAGAAGUGGUGUUUCUCGGGCAUCUAUGAAAGUUGUGAAUUCCUGGGCUGACAUUGUGAAGUUUGGCCAGACCAAGACCCAAGCUGUUAUCCCAACCAAGAAAACUUCCACCCGAGUGACUAAGACGAAGAAUGUUGUACCAAAACCGAAGACACCUGUGAUGAAACUCAUAGGUCAUGUCAGCACUGGUCAUGCAGAUUCGCCUGUGACCAUUGUUGUUGGCAAAGCUCACAGACUGAAAGCCAUUCAGCCAAGUGGGGCCGUCCCAAAGCUUGUCCACAACAUUGCACUGCUAAAAAAGAACAUGAGAAUGGAUGAGGAUUUGUCAGGCAUUGCAGACAUUUUCAAGACCCCGGCAAGGCAGAGGAAGUCUGUGGUCAAAGUGCAGAGUGCCCUCAAGACACCCCUGAGAGCCCAGUCUACAUCUAUGAUUGAAUCAUCAGUGAUGAAUACCCCAGAGGAGACUGGUGAAAUGGUGGUGUCUCCACUUGUUGUUUCUACUGCUAAACGGGGCGCGUACAACAGCGAUGCAGUCACUAGACUCCUUCGGGAUGGUCAAGAAUCCAGUUUCAUCACGGAGGAAGCUGAUGACUCCCGUACUACACAAAAUGAGAUUCUUGCCUUAGAGAUGUCUUCAGAAGAAUCGAAGGAAGUACAGCGGCCAGAUUCAAAAAAAUCUAUUUCGACUCCCAAACAGAAGAAACCUGAACAACCCGAGUGUCUCACUGGAGUGAAGAGGAUUAUGAAGACCCCAAGACAGAAGGUGCAACCCAUCGAAGACCUCAGAGGAAAACUGAUGACAACUCCAAGAGGGCCUAAGGCUUCUCAGGAAGUAAGCUUAGCUGGCGUAAAGGAACUCCUGGCGACCCCCAAACAAAUCGCUGAACGUGUUGAAGAGAUUUCUGAUAAAGUCCCAGAUGACAACGUCCACAGCGAGACAAAAGAGAUUCACGAUGAUGCCAUUUCUCCUAAAUGCCUCUCAGGUAACAUUGAAUUCAAAAUGCCCCUGUACGGGAAAAUAGUUGUAAUCAAAAGGAGUGGCGGAGAUGGGACUGCGCUUCCUCUGACUGCAUCGUGCUUAUUUGGAAGGAAACCUGACUGCGACAUUUGCGUUAAACUUCCUGAAGUAUCCAAGGAGCAUUGCAGGAUUGAGUUGAAUGAAAAUAACGAGGUUAUUUUAACUAAUUUGAGUUCAACGAACCCGACCCGUGUCAAUGGGGAGGUUUUGCAGCAGUCUGAACGUUUGAAACAUGGAGAUCUAAUCACAAUUAUUGACCGUUCUUUCAGGUUUGAAUACCCUCAAGCACCCACUCCAAAGAAAAAUAGAUCUUCUAAACAGAACACUCCAAGAGGGCCUAAGGCUCUUCAGAAAGUAAGCUUAGAUGGUGUGAAGACCCCCAAACACAUUGCGCAACCUGUUGAAGAGAUUUCUGAUGCCAUGACAACAGAGGCAGUGGAAGAGCUUGCUGCUGCUCUUGCUGAAGCAGUGGAGGAAGAACAACCUGCUCCUCUUGCUGAGGCAGUGCAGGAGGUAGAAGAGCCAGUUUCUGCGCCUGCUGAGGCAGUGCAGGAGGUAGAAGAGCCAGUUUCUGCACCUGCUGAGGCAGUGGAGGAAGAACAACCUGCUCCUCAUACUGAGCCCAUUUCUGCACCUGCUGAGGUAGAGCCAGUUGCUGCACCUGCUGAGGCAGUGGCGGUAGCACAUCUUGACAGUGAAGAGCCUUCUGUUCCAGUAAAAGGUAGAGGAAAGAAAACUGAGGGGAUUGUGCCACCACCUGCUAGAGGGAGAUCGACAAGGCGUAAUGAAACCAGUAGCGUUGAGGCACCAGCAGAAACUAUGGACUCUGGGGAUGUCCAGGAGAAAAUGGCAGCUGACCCAGUUCCUGCUGAAAAUCCCAAGAGAGGAAGAAAGGCCAAACAGGCUUCUGUAGAGAGAGUUGAAUCAGUGCAGGAGAACGCUGUUGAAAGUGAGAGUGCUGAAAUUUCUCCAAUUGAGGACCAGCAGCCAACUUCUGAUGUCCCCAUGGAGAAACCCAGAAGAGGAAGAAAGGCCGAACAGGCUUCUGUAGAACAAGUUGAAACAGUGUUGGAGAACACUGUUGAAGCCGUGAGUGUUCCUGUCACUGAGAAGAUUGAGGCCCAGACUCCAGUCGUUAGAUCUAAGAGAGGAAGAAAGCCUAAACAGGAUUCAGUAGAAGAAGUUGAAGUGAAGGUUCUUGAAAUUCCUCCAAUUGAGAUUGUGGAAGCCAAGGAGAUGCCAACUAUUGUUCCUGUUGUGAACCCACGGGCAAGAGGAAGACGGGCUAAACAGGAGUCUGAAGAAGCCAAAACAAUGGAAGAAAAUGUUGCGGUGGUUGAUACUCCUACAGAAGAGGUGGAGGCCUCAGUCCUGUUUGCAAAACCCAAAAGAGGAAGAAAGACUAAGCAGGAGCCUGUAGAGCAAGUGGAGUCUGUGAGUGUUGAAACUCCCAUCGAACAAGUUGAGGCCCAGGAGCAGACCACUGUGGCUCCAGUUGAGAAACUCAAAAGAGGGGGAAGAAAGACUAAGCAGGCUUCUGUAGAGAAAGUUGAGCCUGUUGAGGAUCACCCCGUUGAGUCUCUGACUGUUGAACUCCAGGAGCAGACUACCGUGGCGCCAGUUGAGAAACCCAAAAGAGGGGGAAGGAAGACUAAGCAGGCUUCUGUAGAGCAAGUUGAGGAUCACCCGUUGAGUCUCUGACUGUUGAACUCCAGGAGCAGACUACUGUGGCGCCAGUUGAGAACCCAAAAGAGGGGAAGGAAGACUAAGCAGGCUUCUGUAGAGCAAGUUGAGGAUCACCCGUUGAUCUCUGACUGUUGAACUCCAGAGCAGACUACCGUGGCGCCAGUUGAGAAACCCAAAAGAGGGGGAGGAGACU